AUGGCCCUGAGCGAUGUCGACGUGCAGAAGCAGAUUAAGCACAUGAUGGCUUUCAUUGAGCAGGAAGCCAAUGAGAAGGCAGAAGAAAUAGAUGCCAAAGCUGAGGAAGAGUUCAACAUCGAGAAAGGACGUCUCGUGCAGACCCAGCGACUGAAGAUUAGGGAGUAUUACGAGAAGAAGGAGAAGCAGAUAGAGCAGCAGAAGAAAAUCCAGAUGUCCACCGUGAGGAAUCAGGCGAGACUGAAGGUCCUGAGAGCCCGUGACGACCUCAUCUCGGACUUGCUGAAUGACGCCAAGCAGAGACUCAGCAGGAUUGUGGCGGAUCAGGCCAUCUACCAGGAGCUGCUGGAGAAACUGCUGCUCCAGAGUCUGCUGCGACUGCUGGAGCCCCAGGUGCUGGUGCGCUGCCGGCCACAGGACGUCCUUCUGAUAGAGUCUGCCGUGCAAAGAGCCGUCCCUGAUUACAUGGCGGUCUCCCAGAGAGGUGUGGAGGUUCACCUGGAUCAAGAGGCUUCCCUGCCUGCAAACUCAGCCGGAGGCGUAGAGGCUUACAGUGGCAAUCAGAAAAUCAAGGUCUCCAACACCCUGGAGAGUCGGCUGGAUCUCUUAGCCCAGCAAAGGAUGCCGGAAAUACGAAAGGCCUUGUUUGGAGCUAAUGCUAACAGGAAGUUUUUUACCUAA